UCUCAAACCAAAUGUUAAUCAUGGCAUUGAAGAUUCAGUGCUGUGGGUGGGUGAGCCACAAAGUCAAGCUUAGAUCUUGUUUUGCCCUUUUUUGUGGGCUUCCCGACCCUUCCGUUUUCCCCGGUAAUUUCUUAGCUAGACGAGCACUUGUUCUUCUGUUUGAAUACUCAGGCGACGGUGACGCCACCCCUCCAUUUCCCCCCACGUUUCAAUUGCUCCAAAUUGAUACUUUCCUGGUCCCUUCAACUGCACAAAGCCAAGUGGAAGCUGCGGGUGAUUCUGAGGUUGAUUCCGAUCCCACCAUGUCCACUAUAGAUCUUGUUGAUGAUGAUGAUGAUGCAGAAUCAUGUAGCUGUGAUACAGCUGACCAUUCUUGUGUCCGUGACAUCAUUAACGUUGCCUGCAGCGAGGUUGAAGCAUACCAGGUCAAUUACAAUGUGGUUGGUGGUGGUGAUGAUGAUGAUGAAGAGGAGGAGGGAGUUGAGGUUUGUCAAUCAUGGGUUCAUCAUGUCCAUGUUGGCUUACCAGUGAAGCAAAAGUCAUGUGUUUCAGUGGAUUCAAGCCAUGAAUCGAUGAACGAGAAGGAGAAGGAUAAGUUGUUUUGGGAGGCUUGCUUGGCGUCCUAAACGAUUCAACUGUGCAGGAUUUCCUUCCUUUUCCUUUUCUAACUCAAGUUUCAGACCAUUCUGAGUUUUAAUGGAUUUCGUUUGUUUGUUUGUUUGUUUUUUAUGAAUUUUCCCCUGUUUAGGAAAGAGAGGUGAGAGGUUAAACACAGUAUAUUUGUCUUGUAGAUUACAAUUGUACAUGAGAUAUGCAACUAGCAGCUUUUUUUUCCCCUGAAUCUUUUAGUCUGUGCAUGUUCCCAGCAAACAUCCACUUGUUUGCAUUUCAGGAGUUCUUCUUGAUGAGAAAUCUAAAAAAAAUGUA